AUGCCGCCCUCAUUGGACUGCGCUGAGGGAAUGCGGUGCCUUACAUGUGCCUCUGAUAGAAAUGACGCGGCUUCCGAGAACGCCAACGCCGGUGAGUUCAUUGCUUGUUCUAGAUGCCAGCAGCCAUUGUACUGUUCUGUGACCUGCGCGGAGGUUGGAUGGUUUGGCCACAGGCCAUUUUGUAGGGUCCAAGCCAACAAGGAUGAUGUGACGCAGUUGGCAACGACGACGCGGAGACAGAGGCAGCAGCAAGAAAACAUGAAUCAGAUGGGGAGAGCAUUGGGACAUCCCGUCGUGGUGGAGAUGAUAUCGUCUUGUUAUUUGCAUGCACUGCAUUUACUGGACACAGUUUUGUUUACGGAAGGAUUUUUUGCUGACGUCGAGAAUAAAGAAUCGCUUUUGCUUAUCGAAGGUGUGGUGAAGCUUUUUAAGGGGGCAUUAAAGAACAGUGAAAGUGCUGUGGAGACCGCAGCGAUAGCGCUGUCUUUGUGUAGGCUUCUUUCCAUCGUUCUCGGCAACCACGAAGAGGCCUUGACUGUAUUGCGGACGGGACUUGCCAAACUCAUACCGCACAAAUCGGAAGAAAAAGUCAUGGCGUGUUGGGGUCUGUUAGAGGCUGAGCGCAUGAACAUUUGGACUCGGAAAUAUCCCAACGUAAUAGUGGCUCCGGGAGAGACACCGGUUUCGUCCCAGCGCAUCAUGUCUGGUGAAGUAGUGGCCUCUGACAGCGUGCCGUUAUUGGCCUGGGAGGCCAAUGGCUUCCCUCCCGCAUUGAUUCCAAGACAAACAUCCGUGCACGAUGAUGGACUGCGAGCUCUUCGUAAUGCCUUUUUGCAGAGGGAAAGUGAUGGGCUAGUAAUCGAUGGUUUGGCGGUAAGUAGGGACGAUCUCCUGGCAAUUCUGCUAGAAUACCCGAAAUGUGUGAGGGCUGUAAGUGCGAACGCAGUUUUGUCGGCGCAAACGUACCUUGCAGCGAUCUCGGACAGCCCACCACCUCGCUGGUUGGUGAAUCUUUUUUUUAUGGCAAUGGUCUCGCAGCGAAGCUUCCAUUCAAACGAGUGGGGUUUUUUUGAUCUUGUUUCGCGUGUCCCUCAUUCUUGUUCCCCGAAUUGCAUUUGGAAUCCCGAGACAUGUAAGUUGCAGGCCCUGCGCAUGAUAGAUAGACACGAGCCACUCACGAUAGAUUUCUUUUGGCGACCCCAGUUUGACAUUACACGCCAGACAAUACUAAAACUCCCAAUCUCCAUGCGACAAGAAAGCGUGUGCGCGAAUGUUGGAUUUGUGUGUUCAUGUGAUCGAUGCGCUGGUGGUGCGGAGUGCUCCCAUCAUGAAUGCGUUGCGGUGGAUAGAAUGAGGCGGCAGGAACCAAAAAAUGAACCUGAACUACACGGAGUGGAUGCUCUGCGAGCCUUUCCAUGUCCCCUCUGUAGAGACAAAGAGGGCUGGCGGUACCGACUUCUUUUUCACGGGUCAUACCCACAGCAGCGUGGUAUGUCAUUGGAGGAAGAAAACAAAUGUGCACUGCAGUGUCGGCUCAAACAGUGCGAGCCUUGGGUGUGCCACCGUUGUGGGGAGCGGUGGCGAGACAGCGAGAUGCCCGCGGGGGAGAUGAAGCUGUGUCGUCAAGCCGAGCGCCUCGUGAGUGUUGCGUCCCGUGGCAUUAUCGAACGUAAAUUUUUUGAAGAAGCAAAAGGCCUCAUGCAUGAUGUUUUACAUCUUCUUGGGUGGCAGCAUCAUAGCGCAUAUCUUCUUGCCUGCGAAGCGUUUGUGCACUUCUACCGUUACAUCAGCCGCCGCUUUGCCCCACCAACAAGCCUCCUGGCACAACGCCACACUGUCUCGUGGUGUCGAAAGUGGAUUAAGUGCGCCCAUAACACAAACUUAUCGAAGGACUGUCCGCAUGUUUACGCCGCUUUUAUUGUAGAAACUUCCCUUUCACUCUCAAGUGGGACGCUGCAGAGGGAAAAGCUGCUUCUUCUUUGCCACGCGGAAGCGCAUUGUCCUACCGCAGUCAUUCGUGGAGCGGACAGCACGGAGGCAUCAGCUGUUUCCGCCAUCCUCCAUGACUCGUCAAGUACAGAACACGCGAACAACGGUCAGGCGUCAUCCAUGUUUGCACGAUUUAUGGACGCCGAAGAGCACGAAGAUGAACUUGAACUGAUUUCCGACUGGGAAUCACACAUUUUGGGGCGUCUUCAAUCAGAGGUUCAAAGUAACAAACAACCCAACCUUCCAACCCACCUAAUGAACGCACUCCAGAAAUAA